CACGUGCUAGUAGCGUACGCCCCGUUCCCGAGAUAUAUAGGACGCUCCAGAUACCUCCCUUCCCUACGCAUCCUCUCUUCCGCAUCGCCCUUCUUCUCUCUAAACCCUAGCCGCCUCGCGCCUCGAUCCGAGCAACCCUAGGUCUCCGCACGAGGUAGCUCCGAUUGAUUUGGCCCCAAGAUGGCGGAGGACAAGGUGGGGCGGAUCUUCGUCGGCGGGCUGUCGUGGGACACCACGGAGCGCACGCUCGAGCGCACCUUCGGCCAGUACGGCAAGGUCAUCGAGGCACAGGUUGUAGUGGAAAGGGAGACAGGCCGCUCGAGGGGAUUUGGAUUUGUCACAUUUUCAGAACCUCGGGCUGUGGAUGCUGCCAUUCGGGGAAUGCAUAAUGGAGAAUUGGAUGGCCGUAAUAUUUCUGUGAACAAAGCUCAACCUAGGAACUCUGAUGAUGGCUAUGGAUAUGGUGGUGGUGGUGGUGGUGGUUACUCGUCUGGUGCUAGAGGUGGAUAUCGUAGUGGAGGUGAUGUAGUUCCAGCAGCAAGUGAUGAUUGUUUCAAAUGUGGCCGCCCUGGACAUUGGGCUCGUGAAUGCCCUUACUCAGAUGGAAGUGGUAGAACUGGAAGGUACUCUCCCGCUUCAAGGUAUGGUGGCGGCACUGGUGGACGUGGUGACCGCUUUGGAGGAUCAGAUCGUUUUGCUCGCUAUGAUGAUGAUCGAUAUGAUGGUGGCCGCUAUGUAGACAGCAGGGAUACUUACUAUGGUGCUGGGCGUGAUCGUUAUGCUAGUGAUCGCUAUGCGCCAGCAGCAGACCGCUAUUCUGGUGACAGGUACAGUGGUGCAGAUCGUUAUGCGUCCAGUGGCUUUGCCAGAGAAAGGAGCUAUGAGAGAGAUGGAGGGAGGUCCAAUGGAGGGUACUACCGUGAUGAUCCGAGGGGCACUGGUGGCUAUGGCAGAGGUGGUUCACGUGGCGGCGGUGGCGGUGGUGGGCCUGCUCGCUUUGGUGGGAGUUACCGAGAUAGGCCUGCUCCAUAUGACCGUCCUAGCAGGGGAGGAGGGGCAGCUCGUGCUUAUGAUGAUCGUUACUAAAGAGUGUUUCCUUGAAGCAGAACAGAGAUAUCUGUUUAUUUCAGUUACACAUCAGUAUUUACAUUUGCCAGGUUGAUCCUUCAAUUAGUUAUUCAGCAGUGCAGUUUGUUUUAUUAGUCUCUGAAGACAAUGGUUCAGUAUGUGAGUUAUUAGUAUGUUGGUACCAUAAUCUGUAGGCAGUGUGAUCCUGGUUCAUUUGGCAUCUUUGUGUAAUUACUUCGGAGUUUGCACUAAAUAAUGAACUAAUUGCAGUAUGUGAUCUUUGAAUUAGACUGUUCUGCUUACUGAGACA